AUGCACCCUUUCUCUAGUCACCUGCCGCUCUCCCCUCUUUUCUCCCGCGUGCCCCUGCCUGCCCAUCUGCCUCAUCAGGCCAUGCAACUGUCGGCCCGGCCGCACGUGGUGGUGGCAACGCCAGGGCGAUUGAGGGAGAUGAUGCAGCAGGAGGCGAGCAUGGGGCGAAUUUUCAGCAACCUGCAGGUGGGCGGGUGGGCUUGGUGUGGUGCGUGGGAGAACCAACCUCCAUUUUUGGUGUCGGAUGAGGCCGAUCGCCUGCUGGACCGCACAUUGGAGGUGGACCGCGGGUUCGAGGAGGAGAUAGCGGCGAUUCUUCUUCACCUCCCGGCCCUCCCCUCCGCCUCCCCUCCGCCUCCCCUCCGCCUCCCCUCCGCCUCCCCUCCACCUCCCCUCCGCCUCCCCUCCGCCUCCCCUCCGCCUCCCCUCCUCCUCCCCUCGGCCUCCCCUCCGCCUCCCCUCCGCCUCCCCUCCGCCUCCCCUCCGCCUCCCCUCCGCCUCCCCCUCAUCUGUGUUUCCUGCGAUGAGCAAGAGCAAGACAGUCGAAGCGGUGGACCAGACGUACCUCUUCCUACCCUCCAACGUGCGAGACGUGUGAUGAGCAAGUCCAAGAAGCUGUUCCAUUUCGAGGCCUACGAGGGCUUUAAGACGGUGGAAGCCUUGGAUCAAUCCUACCUCUUCCUGCCUGCCAACUUGCGGGACAUGUACCUCUGCCGCCUCCUCUCCCGCCUCCUCCCCUCCCUCCAAACCAUCCUCCCCCCCGCACCGCCCCCCUCCGCAUCUGCUGCUGCCCGUCCGCCCGUGCGGUCGGUUAUCGUGUUCACCUCGUCAUGCCAGUCCUGCCAGGCAGUGAGCGCACUGCUGGACGAAGUGGGUCUCUCCAACGCGCCUCUCCACGCCCUGCUCCCUCAGUCAUGUCAAGCAGUGAGUGCUCUGCUGGACGAAGUGGGUCUCUCCAAUGCGCCUCUCCACGCCCUGCUGCCCCAGCGCAAGCGCUCAGCCGCUCUGCACCGCUUCAAAGCGUCCCAAGUGCCCAUUCUAGUGGCCACUGACGUUGCCAGUAUCGUGGUGGCCACAGACAUCGCCAGCAGAGGGCUGGACAUUCCGACUGCUGAUAAGGUGAUCAACUACGACAUCCCCAGGUGA